AUGGACCUGUCCUUUAUGGCAGCGCAGAUCCCGGUGAUGACGGGGGCCUUCAUGGACCAGUCUCCCACCGAGGACUACAGCACAGACCAGUCCAUGUUCGACUCCUCGUACAGCGUCCACACCACGGCCUCCCUGUCGGUGGGGAGCCAGGCCGAGGAGCCCCGGUCCCGGUUCAAGGACGCCCUGUGGCUCUGGAUCGCCAUCACCGCCACCAUCGGCAACAUCGUGGUGGUGGGAGUGGUCUACGCCUUCACCUGCUGA